UGAACUAAAUAUGACGUCACGUAUCUAAACAAGAAAGUCAGAGUCUUAUGACGAUUGUGCUAUUUACAAAUUAAGUUUUUUCUGGUAUCAUUCAUUUGACUUCACUAAGAAGAAUUGACACCAAGUAGGCAACAAUGUUUAGCUCGGGGGCCAACUACGUGAAGCUAAAAACAAAUCUGAGACUUGUCAUAAAUCGUUUAAAACUGUUGGAAAAGAAGAAAACAGAGAUGGCUUCUAAGGCUAGAAAAGAAAUAGCAGAUUAUAUUUCGGCAGGUAAGGACGACAGGGCACGGAUCCGUGUGGAACACAUUGUCCGAGAGGACUAUUUGGUGGAGGCUAUGGAACUCCUUGAAAUGUUCUGUGAUCUUUUAUUGGCCCGAUUCGGUCUUAUUCAGACCCAAAAGGAGCUGGAUCCUGGAUUGGAGGAAGCCAUUGCGAGUAUAAUAUGGGCAACACCAAGACUUCAAGCAGAUGUGCAGGAGUUUAAAAUAGUGACAGAUCAGUUAACUGCUAAAUAUGGGAAAGAAUUUGGCCAGGCAUGUCGAACGAAUGAACUAAACAAUGUCAAUGAAAAAGUGAUGCACAAACUUGGGGUUCAAGCCCCACCCAAAAUCUUGGUAGAGCGAUACAUGAUUGAAAUUGCUAAGACUUACAAUGUGCCAUUUGAGCCUGAUCCUGCUGUGAUGAAUCAGGAUGAGGUGUUUGCUGCAGAAAACUUAUUGAUUGAUCUUGGAGAGAAGAAAGGUGGAGGGAGUAAUGGGGGGCCCAGUGGAGGGAUGGGGGUGUUACAGCCACAGAUUGGAGGGGGUGCCUCAGCACCUUCAUAUCCUCCCCCAUCUCAACCUCAGUAUCCACCUCCCCAGCAUUUGUACCAACCACCACAGGAUAGUAAGAUGCCACCUCCUUUACCCCAGGCACCCCCCUCAGGAGGGAUUGGAGCAGGAGGGUUUGUGGACCCAGCGCAUUCAGCCCCACCACCACAGACUGGUCAGCAGUCUUAUAAUGACUGGCUAGGUGAGGACCCAAAGAAACAGGCUCACAGUCAACCCCCACCACCUGCAGGCUUUACCCCGGACACUUUUCCUGACCUCCCAGCUGUCCCAAAUAGUACCCUCCCUGAUCCAGGGAAUUCGGUGGGUGGUACCUCCGCUGGUGGAGAGGAUGUAGACUUUGAUGAUUUGACUAGAAGAUUUGAACAGUUGAAAAAGAGAAAGUGAACAAGCAGUUUUUAUUUAUUGUACAUCAUAUAUUGUGUAAAUCAUCAACUUGCAUGAACUUGUGCAUUAUGGUAAUUUCUGUAAUUCUUAGAUCUAUAAAGCUUUAAUGUACACAUGUAACAAAAACCAGCAUCUUAUGAAUUCCUACAAAUCAAUUCUUUUGAAAAGAAAAACUGUUACUUGUCUUGAUACUGAAAAUUAUUAUUAAUGUGCAAUCUUAGAAACCCAUAUACUGUGAUUAUCUGAAAAAAAUCAUGUAAAAUGUGUAAAUUUGUAGUAUUACACUUUGGUAUAGGAUGAAAAAUACUAUAUGUAUUUAAAUGUGAAUUGUUUUAGUGUGAACUGUAAAUAAAUCGAUUUUUUUUUUGUCUAA